UUCAUCAAUCUCCUUAGGAAUUUAGCCAUGGAGAGAAAGAAGACUAAAGGACGUCAAAAGAUACCAAUAAAAAAAAUAGAAAAUGAGGAUGCCCUCCUUACCACAUUUUCAAAGCGUCGCGAGGGUUUGUACAAGAAAGCGAGUGAACUCGUUAGAGAAUGCGACGUUGACAUUGGAAUAAUGAUGAUCUCCCCUGCUGGUAAGCCACAUUCAUUUUUCCACCCUACUCUUGAUGCAAUUGUUACUCGUUUUCAGAAUCCUGAUAUGCAGUUAAGCCAAGGUAUUCUUCUAGACACGAUCACUGCACGAAAUAAAGUGAACGAACUCAAAAACAGGCUUGAAGAACUUGACGUUGUAGAAGAUGCUACGAUUGCUCAAACAACUUUUUAUGACCAAAUGGCUGAAAUAAGACAAAAAGGUUGGUGGGAAUCAAUUGAACAGCUCAAUGCAGAUGAAGUGACCAUAUUUAAUGCUUGGUUGAGUGACACUUGUUCCAAAAUGUGCCAUCGUCUAAAACAAUUAGAAAAUGGAGCUUCAUCAUCAUUGGGACGUGGAUCUUUUGGAGUGUGAAGUUUGUAAAAUUGAAAUUAUAGUUGAAUCAUUCUAGGUUAUCUCUUAUAGGUAUAUUGGUGAAGCAUCUAGUUAGUUCAAUUUAUAUU